GUGAAUGUUGAUACUCAUACGUCAUGUGAUAUCACAUACAAACAAAACUCUUUUAUAGGCUUGUAGCAUCCCUACGACCAUUCAAAGUCUACCGUUAAAGUUGGUACAGCUUUGGAGUUUCUCCCGUCUUAAAUGGCUCUUCCUUUGGAGAAUGACCCGAUUAAUGAACUUGAAGAAAAUCUCGAAUGUACUGUAUGUCUGGAGCCGCUAAAAGACCCGAGAACUCUUCCUUGCUUCCACUCAUUCUGUAAAGAUUGUUUGGAAGACGUCGUGAAAACAUGUCGUGAUAAAGCACCUCGUGAUCGACCAGUUCGAGAGUUUCCAUGUCCAAAUUGUCGAGAGAUGUUUACACUCGAUCCUGACAAAAAUGUCGCCGACAUGAGACGAAAUCAUUUCAUCUGCAACAUGGUAAAAGCGACAGCCGUACUCAACCGAGAUCGUAAAUUUGGCGUUCCGUGUUCACAUAAUUGUACUCAAAGCUACUCAGUCGCUCGCUGUGUCACUUGUGAGAAAUUCUUAUGCCAAGAAUGUCUGACAGCCCACAACAGUUAUCGAGGACACACUGGCCAUUCUGUUCUGACGAUGGAAGAGUUGUCGAAGCCGGAGAAUCGUAAGAAAAUCAAGGACAAAAUGUAUUGCAAUGAACAUCCGGGCGAGAUAUUGAAAGUUUAUUGUGAAACCUGCGACCAGCUGAUUUGUAAGGACUGCAUGGAUUUUGAACACAUGAAGCCAGAUCAUUCAUGUUCUCUGAUAAACAAAGUGGUAAACAAAUACAAGGAACUGCUUGAUUCAAGCAAUAAGAAAAUGGAUGAUGUUUUAACUGAAAAUAAUCUAUUUCUUAAAACCCUAGAGGACACAAGUGAAGGGCUUGCUCGUGAUGUUGAAUUCUGUAAGAGUAAAAUCACACAACGAAAAGAGUUCAUUGCGAAAAAAAUCGGCGAGAUGUUGGAUCAAAAAGUUGAAUCGCUUUUGAAUGAAGUAGAUGAAAUCUAUAACCAUGAACAAGCAAAACUAGACAAACAGACUACAGGAGUCAAGCAGUAUGCGGAGAACGUGCAAAGAUCCGUUCACCUUUCUAAGAAAUUGGUUGAGGAAGGAACGGAAGAAGAAAUACUUUCUUCUCAGAAAAUGAUGUUGGAUAGCGCGAAUAAUCUUCUUACGAAAAGAAACGAGCAUCGCGAAGCACCAGUGACAUGCGUUGAGAAUUUCUACUACACUUACUGCACAAGAGAGGAGGAACCUUUGACCGAAAAUAUUACGGGAAAGCUGGUAGAAAGUUUAGGGGAAGUUAUUAAAAAUCCAGGUGCUGAUGGUGGUACUACGACUACGGCAUGCAGUGAAAAGAAUGAAGACACAAGAAGACAAAGAAUUGUUGAAAAAUUUUGCCAUCCGCUAUCAAAUAAUGUAAUGGUUUGUGUGCAUCAGGGAGAUAUCACAAAAGAAACAGUCGAUGCUAUCGUCAAUCCUACGAAUGAACAGAUGAACCAACGCUGCAUGGGGGUGCCGGGAGCCCUUUUGAGCGUGGGGGGGACGGAGAUACAGCAGGAAUGUAAUGACAUCAGGAAGAAACGGAAAAAUAAAAAUCUCAAUACCGGAGACGUCGUAGUUACAACUGCUGGAAAUCUUCCUUGCAAGUUCAUCGUUCAUGUGAUGAGUCCAAGAUGGAAUCGACACUCGACUAGUCAGAAAGAGACGGCAAAGAAAGCCUUUUUCAAAGCAGUCCUAAGUAGUUUGAUUAAUGCAUGUCAAAAAGGUGCUACAAGCAUAGCCAUGCCUUCACUCAGUUCUGGUAGAUUUGGCUUUCCCGCCGACGUCUGUGCGGAAAUCAUGUUUUCGGCAGCGAUAGAGUUUGCAGAGAAAGCCAAAGGAACAAACUGUUUAAAAGAUAUUCGGUUCGUCGAUAUCCUUUCACAAAGAUCACACGUUUUUGUGCAAGAAAUGAAGAGACGAUUCGGUGAAAUUUCAGCACAGCGAGAACGUGUUGAAGAAUCGUAAAAUGAGAAAACAAACAAACAAAUCAUUUCCAAAUAUCGUUGUAGGUUUUGUAAGUUGUAACUUAAAAGUCUCUUAAAAGCCCUAAAACGACUAUCUUACCAGAACAAUAGCAGACGUUUAACGAACUUAAUGAUUUACUAAUAAGUGACUUGCAAAGAAACAGUUUUAAGUAUAGUUUUUAACGUUUUUAAGAAAAAUUUCGUCGUUUCAUGGAUGUAGACGUGUGUGUGUGUGACAUGGUUCUAAAAUGUUGUUCAUUGACUCGUCUGUUUGAAUCUGACCUUCUUGGCCCUUGAUAGAUAAUUUAUUAGCUUAUUUAUUAUGAGAGUAAUGAGACGUGAAAAAGAGACUAGGAACUAGGAACCGAAAAUGAUCGA